UCCCAGGCCUCUGUGUGGGGAAAGCCUCCCCCAAGUCGGGCCCCACGGCCAUCUUGGUGCUGCUGCUGCGCUGCCAAAGCUCUCGUUUUGCUCUUAUUUGUGUCACGGCUCUGCUGCCCCACCGGUGAAGCUCGCCGUUGCACUGGUCACAUGCAAUUCCUGGAUAUGGUCUUAUAUUUCCCAAGAAAGCACAGAAGACUUUGGUCAAACAUGCGGUGUUCAUGGAUGACUCAGAUGAAGAGUCUUCCGUGGGUGAGAGCCUUCAACGGGAAGCGCUGAAAAAGCAAGCAAUGAAGCAAACCAAGCUUGAGAUCCAGAGAGCACUUGCUGAAGACUCCACCGUCUAUGAAUAUGACAAUAUUUAUGAUGACAUACAGCAAAAGAAGGCAGAAAGCCACGCCAGCUUCCUUGCAGGGAAAGGGGAAAAAAAGCCCAAGUACAUCCAAAAUAUACUCAAGGCAGCCGAGCUCAGGAAGAAGGAACAGGAAAAGAGGAUGGAGAAGAAAAUUCAGAAGGAGCGUGAAAUGGAAGGGGGCGCCUUCGACGACAAGGAGGCCUUUGUGACGUCCGCCUACAAGAAGAAGCUUCAGGAAAGAGCUGAAGAGGAAGAGAGGGAGAAGAGGGAGGCAGCCAUGGAAGCAUGCCUGGAUGUGACCAAGCAGAAGGAUCUCAGCGGCUUUUACAGGCACCUGCUAAACCAGACGGUGGGGGAAGAGGAAGUGCCCAAGUGCAGCUUGCGUGAGGCCAGGUUGAAGGAAGAAGAAGAGCCCAGCGGAAAGCCUGCCUCCAGAGAAGCGAGCCGCAGUCCCAUUGAGCCGACACGGGCGCCCCUUCCUCCCAAGGGGGAAGGGAACCCGGAUGCCGACAGCGACCCGGGAGCGGGCAGCGGUGAGGACGACAGCAGCGCUCAAGUGCGGGGCAGCAGCAGAGCCGGGGAGAAAAAGGAGCACGGGCAGGCCCACUCCAAGCACCGCCCCGGCCGAAGGGGCUCCCGGUCGCCGAGCGAGGAGAGAAGCCGCCAUGCAAGGGUGCCUGCGAGGCACCCGGAGAGAGAAGACGGCAGCAGGAAGGAGAAAGGCGGGUCACACCGGGAACGAGAGCGUGAGAGAAGACACAGGGGCCACGACAGGGAGGAGCAUCCCCGAGCCGAGGAUUCUUCCGGGAGGCAGGAAGAACGGGAUGACAGACAGAGGAGGAAAGACAGGAAGGAGAGAGAUGACUAUCGCCGGGAACUGAGGGAAGAGAGAGACAGGGAGGACAAGUACUCGGAGUGGGAGCAGCAAGUGAAGGGAAGGCCGGCUAGCCAUGGGGAGCGGGACAGGGGGGCGAAGGAAGACAGAAGUGAGAAGAGGCAGCGGGAGUGGAAAAACAGCAGCCCCGGGCCCUUGGGAGACGUAGGGGAGGAGAGGAAGGGUCCACCGUCGGACUCCGAGCGGUCUCCAGAACUGAGGCACAAGGAGGGAGCAGACCAGGAGGAGAAACCUCUGGAGAACCGGAGCAAAUUUGCGAAGCGAAGCAAUGUCGAGAGUGUCACGUCUGCGAGGGACCGCUACCUGGCUCGGCUGAUGGCCCGCGCAGGCGCCAAACCCUACGUGGAAAAGGAGGAGGACUAGGCUUCCUCUUGGGGAGAGUCUCAGGAAGUGACGAGGGGCCACGGGGGAAUCUUUGGUGGCCGUAAACGGCACAUGGGCACGAACGCACUUCCUGCCCAUCUCUUUCUAGAGGACCUUAGCAUGGUGCCCUUCCAUGUAGAAGGAAGCUGGAAGGAACUUGGACAUCUGUACGACGGGUGGAGAACGCCUGUCCGGGGCACCCCGUCCCUUGUUUAAACUCCGUGUUGCGUGUGGGCAGUGAGCUCAGUGGAUCGCAUCCCGAGCCCCAUGUAGUGCAUGAUGGUCCCUUGAGAUCCCACGCCUGACGGUAUCCAGGAAGAUGCGCAAAAUCCUGACCUGGAAUGUGAAUAAGACCGGCGGCAGCAGAAAUUCUUACUAUUUGACUGGUUUGUUCGAAAUACUCUCUAGUUCGCUGGUGAGCUUGCAUGCUUGGAAUUUCUCUGUUGGGUUUUGUAUUUUCUGCUGUACAGAAUUGCUGGAAUAAAGGAGACGUUGAAUUGGG